CAUGUCACCCGAAAAAUUUGUAGGAAGAUCGAUAGCGUUAUCGUUUCCUGAUGGCCUUUCUGAUGUAGUCAGUCAGCAUAUUAUGGAAAGGGACGACGAGAUCUGCUUAUGAAUUACUAUGUUAUUACAACCAUAAAAAAAUUCAUUUUUUACCUAACAGUUCACAUUUUCCAGCCAGUCGACAUGUCUUAAAAAAAAAAAAUUGAGAUAAAACAAAACAAUUUUAACUUUGUGAAGGUAAAUUCAAACCUUUAAGUAUGAAUAAUGAUUUAGUAGUAUGAAUAACAAUUUAAUUCAAACUUUUUCCUCUCAAAAUUGAUGGAAAAACUUAUAUCUUAAAUCAGUUCAUUUACAUUUUUAUAAUUUUACGUUAUGUAACAAUAGGAAACAUUACAAAAUGUAAAUGUAACAUCUAGAUAUUUUAAUUUAUAUUUUUGACAAUUUACUUGAGUCCUCAGUCUCUGUUUGAAAGGUAAACAGUUUACUGAACCUCAUGGCUAGCUGACAAUACAAUGACGAAGUGGAACUAACAGUCAAUGGAGAAAAGAGUACUGAAGUACGUAUUUGCAAGAGUUAACCUAAAAUACAUCAUUAAUAAAGUGAUAAGAGUGGGCACGCUGUGUCUGGAUUCUUUCUAAUAUUCUAGCCAGUCAAGCCGAAGAUGAUUAAAUUUAUGCAGAGAACUGGCAGAGAUAAAGGAAACUUUAUAAAAACUGAAUUAUUAUACUCACGUCUCAUUUCUGCAGUGUAGAUUCCUAAUUCCAGGAAUCCACAUGGCCGGUCUCAGUGCUCCCUGAAUUGGGGACUGCCACAUAGCACAGAAGCAAUCGGCAGAAGACAUCUGACCACAAGUUAUUUGCAAAAUCACACACUCUGCCUUGGGCAAAAUUAGAUUGUAAGCUUACGUGUCAACACGCAGUAUAAACAGUUGGAAUUCCACCUAAAACUUCACCAAAUAUAUACGAUCCCUGAUGAAACUAAGUCCUUUCACAGUUGCACUCCGUUUUAAUUUAACAAAAGUGAUCAGAACGCUACCAGUUUGUACAAAGCAUCAGAUUUACGAGCAAACGUUAAUUUUCGUGACUUCAGGCAGAAACAUCCAGGCGUAUUUUGCGGCCGAGCAGCAGGUGGCGUGGUAAUUAGUCAAAGAGUUGUCAUAGAAACAGACAACUGUUCUUUUUCCGCCAUGUUUGAAGUCAUAACAUUCUCGAACUUAGAACAGUGAUUAAUUCUCAUGUUGUUUUAGAACUUCUCCAGGAUUUCCAAUUAGAAUCUACUCAGGGUGCAUUUAGCAAAAUGGCUGCAGCAGUAGCAUUAUCGAAAGAGCCUCUGAACGCCACAGAGAUCGAAUUUGAAGUGGAUGAUUUAGGAACGGACGCCGAUCAAGAAGGCUUUCUUGCAAGAUCAGAGAGCAUGUCGCCCGAGCAUUUUGAAGGAAGAUCGAGAGCGUUAUCGGUUUCUGAUGUGAUCAGUCAACAUAUUUUGGAAACGGACGGUAUGGCGUCUCCAAUUUUGAGGGCUUUUACACGAAGCGCGAUAAACAGAUGGCGAGGCAACGUGGAGAAAAAAAUCACCCGUAGGCUGAUGGAGGUGAAAGCGGAGCGCAAGAAACGAGAUGCUGAAUCUAAAGAGCUUUCCCGUCUUGUUGCUAGAACAGUUCCUCUGGAUGUUCUAGCUAGAGACUGGCUUAAUGACAACGACCUUACCUCGGAUGUGAGAGUGUAUUUGGUUGAAAAUCUUUUACCAACCUUAAUUUUGGGAGUUGAGAAACUGUUGACUGAGGUUGAAAAGAGAGAUCUGGCGGAUUCUGAGGGUUUCUGUCCAGAUUUUAAUCCCAUUGAUUACCUGGCACAGUUUCUUAUGAGAAAUAAUCCUAAGUAUAGUAACUUUGCGGAAGCUUCACCCUAUGCGAAGGGCAUCCGCAAAGUAGUGGAAGACCUCAAAAAGGAGGUGUUUUCAAUGGAAGACAACAAACUUGUUAAGCUCAAGGCUGAUGCCAAGAAAAGGCGUGAAGCAAGAGAAAAAGAGGAGCACCAAAAGAACAUGGAAAACCGCCGUCGUUCUAUUGCUGUGGAGGAGCAGUUUCCUGAGUGGACUGCUGACUGGAAUGGUGUUCUUCCCUUAUCAGUUGUUCAAAAUGUUCUAAAAUCAUUUGAAGAAGUUGCUGCAAAUCUUCCAGAAGAAAUCAGGAAAGGUGCAUCCUUUCUUAUUCCCCUUGAGCCGACAGAUUCUAGUGGUAAAAUGGUCAAUAUGCAGCAAUUUAAAGAUUACAUUCGUCCUUAUGCUGGCAAUCUUUCCAAGGAAGCUUUCAAUGCCUUUAUCGACCACUUAACUCGCUGUGCAGCACAUUACAGAGCAGCUACUGUGAAAGAAGCAAUGAGACUUACUCUGAGGAACCUUUUCUUGAGUUGUGACAUGAAGAAUGCUGGCCAUGUCGACAGAAAGCGUAUUUUGGAUAUUCUAUGUUCAUUUUAUGAUAAUGCAGUUGAACCAAUGAGGAACUCUCUACGUAAUCCAAGAAAGUGGCCUGUUUUGGAGAUAGAAGAAACCAGUGAUGAAGAUGAGGAGCUUAACCAGAAACAGGAUGCAGGAGCAGGCACAGAUGAAGAGCAAAAACCACAAACAGAACAAGCAGAGCCUGAUAAAAAACCACUGCAAGAAACAGCCAAAGAACCUGAACAAACAUCAGAAGAGCCACAAAGUGAGGAGAGAGAGAAACCAGAAGAAGAAGCUGCAGAGGAAGAAACAGCUCACGAACCAACAGAAGGAGAGGAAAUACCUCAAGAAAGUAACAGAGGAGAAGAAGAUCAAAUUGUUGAAAAUGCUGAGGAUCAACCUGGAGAUGGAGAGGGUGAUGGAGAAAAAGAAGAUGAGAAAGCUGGUGAUGACGAUCAAGGUGAAGUUCAAGAUGAAGAAGCUGAGAAAGAAAGAAUAAAACAAAAAAUAAUUGAUGAUGAAGAAGAAGACAGGAAGUUGUUGGAGUCAAUCCCUGAUGAAAUUGAUGAUCAGAUGUCGGAUCAAGAAGACACAGAGACAUCGGCCAGCACACUACCAAGACCCAAGUCCGUGACUGAAGGAUCAGCAUUUGAUGAAAACUCACUCAACCAGCCACAGUUUAUACAUCUACUGGAGAAGUUUCUUGGAAGUACUCCAAUCAAACAAGUGUUUGAUGAUCUUGUCCGUUUUGUAAGAGCCGGUUAUGUCGAAACAGAUGAUGAACGAAUGGCGAGGAUGAACAAGGCUCGCAUGGAAGCUCGUUCAGCCAAGAGGCGCCGUCAAGUUGAUCAGCUGUACGAGUUGUGGGAUGUGAACGCUUCUGGUUAUCUGGAGGUAGAAGAAAUUCACGUUGUGUUGAACAAAUGGCGCUCUGAUGGAAUCGACAACUUCAAAGAAGCUCUGAAGGUAUUUGGUCAGGUGAACAGCACACUUAACAAGCGUACUUUCCGUGAGUGCAUUGAUGCCAUAGUGAAGUCUUUUCCACAGGAGGACGUGUUUGAGUCACUGAUUCACUUUCUCACCACAAGCGUGGAGCGGUCUUUCGAAGAGCGCAGGCGCGGUGAUGCACGAAAGCGAUGGAUGACGAUGAUCGAUGCUGCUGCGCAGACCGGCGGCGCGCAACUAGAUCCAGUCUACCGCGCGGUAUACCAUGUUCUCUUCAAAGACGCGGAAGAACAUGGACGAGGAAAGAUCGUGAGUUCUUCAGUUUGCAUGCUCGAAAACAAUGACGACGUGAACCAGCUGCAUCGUGGAGAGACAUUGUUGCGCUACGUGUCCUGCACAGUAGACGAUAUUCCGCACGUGCUGGGGAAGGUUUUGUACAGGGACGUGAAAACUUUAAGCUGGACUGCCGUGGACUCUGGGAAACCCAUUCACGUGCCUAAGGUGGCGACCCACUCUGGGGUGACAAUUUGGAAUCCUAACCGAAGAGAAGAGGGAGGAGACGGUUCGUUCAUCGCUCUGCCUCUAAAAGAUCACGAGCGGCGAGUGAUCGGCAUCCUUGGUGUUGACACACUGGCAGAUCCUCACAAACCCGUUUUUAUCACGCAUGAGAUCAGCUUCUUCCAAGGCGUGGCCAAGGCCUUGAGUCAAGCCAUCCAGUUUGUGGACAUCCGUCGGAAAACGCUCAGAGUUGCUGAGUCAGCAGUUUCCUGGAUUUUGCGGCGCAGUCCUAAUGUACAGAAUGUCAAUGUCUAUAUGGUGGAGCCUGGAUUGAAGCCUACUGACGGGUUAGUUCUUCGCCGAAUGAUGACUUUGGCUCACAACGGGGUUAGUCAGCACUAUACAAAUCCACCAAGACUGGAUAGAAGAGACAAUCUCUUCAGAGACUACUUGUUCAAAUGUGUAGAGAGCUCAGAGACCAUCACUGCAGAUGCGUACGGCGAGCGUCACAUGGCCUUUCCCCUCAGGGAUGGGGAAGGGAGAGCUGUUGCUGUGGUUGACAUUAGCAUUGGUGACCUCAAAGCUCUUCCACCGCACGAGAACAAGGAGAUACAGCGCAUGCUCAAACUGCUGGCCAAGGCGCAUAGAGAGGUAGCGCGAGAGAUCACAGGCGGAGCCGAGAAAAACAUUGUGUUGGAGGUGGAGAAGGAGUACGAAGAUGCUCGAAUUGACGUGCUGUUUGACCGCCUUAUGCUGCUGGACCUGAGAGAGAACGUGGGAAGGCUGGACGCCAGAGCCUUUGCCGAGAUCAAGAGCUAUAAGGAUCCGCCUAAAGUGAUUCACGAUAUCCUGAAAGCCGUGUUAGGGAUCUUCUACACGGAUCGACAGCAACAGGAGAAGUUCAACGAGUGGAGUAUGUGUAAACAGAUGGUUAAUCCUGACCUGGUUAAGCUUAUAACGUCCUACGAUCCCACAGCGAAGAAGAAUUCUAUCGGUGUAGACGCUAAGUCGUUAGCUGGAAAGCUUCAGGAUGUGCCUCAAGGAGCGGUGGCGAAGCACGGUUCAUUGCCUGCUCAGUAUCUGUUUAACUGGGCAUUUGUUUGUUUGUCGCUGAUUGAACACACUGAAAAGAUGAGCGAAACUCGCCCUGGAAAAGUGGUGAGCCCGCAAGCCAAGAGUGAAGUGGUCACCGAUAUGGGAAAGGGACGGCCCUCGCCCCAGAAUACAUGGACUAGGUCGGAAGUGACCGAGUAGUUUUAUACCAAAUCGAGAAGCUAGGGACCAUUUUCGUAUUCUCGGUAUUGGACUGGAACUAGCUUGCGGUGGAGGCUCAUGUGGCACUAGCAAGCUAGGUUCCAGUCCAAUGCCGAGAUUAUGAUAAUGAUCUGUUGGUCUCGCUUUGAUGCUAGUUAAAACUAAUACCCGGAUUGGAGAUACACAAAAGACCGUUUUGCAUUAUUGUCCAUUCAACCGGGGCAUUGUAAAUUGGUGCUCCACCCCACUCCUGCAUGGAGGGAUAUUGUAGAUAUCCCUAGUUGCUAACAUUGCGCCUUGGGAAAAUCAAAUUGUCUCCGAUAGUAGCUUCUGUUGCAUUACUCUUGCCUUUUACGAUAUGCCGAGUAUAAACCACCAGAGUGCUUUACAUAAAGUAGGACAUCCUUAAUCUUACAGGCAACAGAAAGAUGCAAAGAAAAAAAAAACAUUAAAAAACCUAUUCAAAACUGGUAAAAACACCAAACACCUCGACGCUCGUUAAAAUACUCCGCUACGCGUCGUAACUCUUUUCUCGGUGUUUGGAAAUGUGGUCAAACACGGUUUUUCUUGUGCGAUAUAUUACAUAGACUCUAUACACAAAGUUUCAUUUGUAUUGCCAAAAGUCAUUAGAACAAGGAUUUUUUUCCUAUUUAUUAUAAAGAAUUUUAUAUCACCGUUUUUGUACAUUAUGUAUAUAUCUGUUUUCUCACUUAGUUUUUAAAACGAGUGAACUUUAAGAGUUGAAUCAGCAUUGAAAGUUUGAAGUCUAUUU